AUGGUGCAGUUUACACCAGAAUACUACGAAUUCACACCGGAAUAUGAUGUUCCCGCGUGGGCCCUGGACUAUCCCAAGGCGAUGUUGAGUCCAGAAAUUCUCAAGGAAUACAUUCGCCUCGACGCAAGAAUGAUCCAGAGAGCCUACGAUUACUUCCAGGCCAAUGCCAAGGUUGGAAAUCAUGGACUGCCCAACUCCAAAACCAUCAAGCCGCGUCACCUGAAAUGGGCGCGUAUACUCGAGCCCAAGUACGAGUUGGAAGACAACCCGGAUGACGACGGCGACUUUCCCGAGCUCUGGGUCACGAAACCUGGGUCCCUCAAGAAAAUACUGGACGAGUUCUACUGGUAUGCGGAAAAAGUUGUCAAACACCCUGACGAGACGUUCAUCAGCCACACUGAGGCCUUACAGGGGAGAGACGCCGCGAAAAGGGAAAUAGCUCUCUGGUGGUCUGAAGCUCGAAGAUGGCUAUUAUACACAGAGCCCGAGCCUGAACCCACAGAGCCGAAACCCAAGCCACCUCCAGCACCAAAACGCAAGCCUUUUGUGGAGUACCAGAAGUUCGGUCCGAUGGUACCAUAUGAGCCCACAACGGAAGAACUCGCCGAUAUCGAGCGUCGACGCAAAGAGAGUGAAGCAUGUGGCACUCCUUCAGAACAAACCGCACGAUCUUACCUCUUCGACCUCAUCGACACAGAUCCCUCAGCCCGCGCUAUUCUCGAGAAGCAAGCUAAGGAGGACCCAAAGGCAGCUCACCACCUUGAGUUGUUGAAGAUGAAGAAGGCUGCCGCAGACGAGGAAAAGGAUUCCGAAUCUGCAGACAAGGCAAAAGAUUCAGAACCUCUGACAGAUUCCAAGGAAGCCGACACUGCCACUAUCAUUAACAAUGAGAUCUCUACCGAAAUUGAUGCGCAGAAGGAGAUAGUCCGCCAGAUGUACGCGAGCUCCGAAGAUAGCGAUGACGUUUUCCAGAUUGACCGCGAAACUUUCAACAUGACAGAGUCGCGUCGUUGUCACAAUGUGUCGACAGGAUGUCCUACGGGUAUUCUGAUCGAGUUUUAG